CGCGAACGCAAAAAGCCUGGACGCAGAUCCUCGGUGCACAGCAGCCUGCACAGCAGCAGUCAGCACCGCUAUACACGCCCCAUUUCUUUUUAAUUGAAACCUUUUACUCCCGCUCGGCAUUGCUGCAGGACUAGGAUGACUGGGAAGACCCAGACCAGCAACGUGACCAACAAGAAUGACCCUCGCUCCCUCAACUCCCGCGUCUUCAUCGGCAACCUCAACACGGCCGUGGUAACCAAGGCCGACAUCGAGGCCAUCUUCGCCAAAUACGGCAAGAUCGUGGGCUGCUCGGUGCACAAAGGUUACGCCUUCGUCCAGUACGCCAGCGAGAGGAACGCCAGGGCUGCCGUGGCUGGGGAGAACACCAGGGUCAUCGCUGGACAAUCACUAGAUAUCAACAUGGCUGGAGAGCCAAAACCGUACAGGCCUAAGAUGGGCUCCAAGAGGCCUCUCUCAUCCCUCUACAGUGGCUAUGAGUUUGACUAUGACUACUACAGAGAUGAUUUCUACAGCAGACUCUUUGAGUACCAUGGUCGUGUCGUGCCUCCGACCCGGGCUGUGAUUCCCAUCAAACGUUCACGGAUAGUUGUCCCCUCAACACGCAGAGCCAAAUCCUCCUUUCCAGUCAGGGCUUGUUCAUCCUCUUCCUCCUCUUCAUGUUCCUCCUCCCGAAUGCUCAACAUGGGCUCCUCCAUAAUGUCCCCUAAACUGAAGACAGACCAGCUCCUCACAAUCAAAAAGGAGCUGUCACAGAUCAAAACCAAGAUUGACUCGCUGCUGGGAAGGCUGGAGAAGAUUGAGAGGCAACAUCGCUCUGAUGCCGAGUUGCAGAGGAAAAAAGAAGAGGUGUGCGAGUGUCUCCAUGGCGACGCAGUAGACCACUCUGGCGGAGAGGAAGCGGAGGGGACAGCCGAAGUGGAGGCGGGGGAGAUGACGGACGGUGGCGAAGACGACUUUGAAGAUGAAGGCACCAGUGAUAUGAUAGAGAACCACAUAUCAGACAUCGACAACUGAGAAAGCUGGCGACAUGUAUCUACUGUACAAGAAAUUUGAAGAACAGAUACCAGCAAAUCCUUCUUCAUCAAGAGGGUGUAUCUAAAAUGAGAAAGCUAUGAAGGGAGUGACUGGCAGCUGAAGAGGAUUUUUUGUUUGUUGCUCAUUUGCCUCAUUAGAACACAACUCCCCUGUAUCGACACGCUGGUUAUGAAAUUAUCUCCAGACUUCUGCAAGAUCCGCUGCACAGAGAAAUCAAUAUCCCCCCUUCAAACUGAUUGCCUCUCCAAAAAUAUGGACAAUAUAUUGUGUGCUUAAUAUAAUCUAAACUGGUCAUUGAACUCCUUUCAAUGUUUGUUCUGUUUCUGUGAAUACUGUGAUGAGCCGUGACACCGGCAGAGAGCUAAAUAUGAAUGUAAGAGGAGCAAAACUUCUCUCACACUUGGUAUUUAAGUGGUUUUGCUUUGUUUGUACAUUUUAAAUUAAAUGUACAGUAUGUUAUUUACUCACAUCGCCUCCAAGCCGUAUUGUAAGCAUAUAAUUUGUUAGAGCAUUAGUUGCUUGUUUUUAACUCUGUUUUUUAUUAUCAGCAUGUUAAAUUGUGGCUGUUAUGUAUUAUUUGUAUUCAUUGCAUCUGUUGUAAAGCUCUAGAUGAUCUCAGUUUUUGAGUAAACCAGUUCCUCAAAAGAAAAAAGUAAAACAAAA